AUGGAAACGGAGGCCGACCAGGUGAAAGUUUUGGCCGCAUACCGCAUCAACAAUCAGCAGCUGGUCCGAGCAAUCCAGCAGUACAAACUGAACCUCCGCCUGUCGGAAGAGCGGUUCAACGAAGCGAAUGCCGGCCUGCUGGAGGUACGGCAGGAGAACAAGUUUCUCCGCGAGUCGCUCAGAAAACUUACGGACCAGCUGAAAAUGAUCACCAAAACGAUGGUGUCGGUCCAAGACAGAACGGACAGCAUUUUCCAGCAAAUAAAUCAGAAUCACGAGCUGGCGGAAACCAGCGAGCUGUUUCGGCAACCCCAAGCGCAGUACGUGUACGACAGGCGACGGUUGGAAAGACCGUCCGCUGGCGAUGUGGACACCAUACCGGAAGAGGAGCACGAAGAAAGCGUGCCAGCGGACGACCCGUCGAACGCCGUAGAAAGUGUUACGAUUGCCGAAGCCUUGGAGGAGGAGGAGGAGGAUGACGUUGGCCGCGAAACGAAUGUGAGCAUCGAUCCACCAUCCGCUUACGCGCACUACACGUCCGACAGUUCGCUGUUGCAGCGGUUGCACGUGAAAUCCAAAAGCAACAGUUUUGAUGAAUCGUUCGAAACGAUCGAACCUAACCGUGUGUUGGAAGUGUGCCGGCGCAGCCAGGAGCGCCGGCGCCUGUAUGCCGGACUUCAGGAGAGCCGACAGUCCGAUCACACUGCGAUCGAUAUGGACUGCGACGUCAACGAUGGUGCUGACGAAACGGCCAACGAUACGACACUGCAGGCGACGCUAAAACCGCGUGACGAUGCGAGCGUCAACGAUAUGACCGUGUUCAAUCCGGACGACAUGCUGAAGGUUGCUUCCUGCAGCACUCCGGUAGCGAAAGAUCCACCUUCCACUGGGCUGCAGAAAGCUGAAUCGGAUUACCGGAUGAAGUUCCUGUUGGAUCACCCACAGCCGAUGGUUGUGUUGCAACCACUCACACAAAACAAUCUCAAAAUGCACGAACGAUCGAUCGUCGAACAAAAGGUCGAACACAACACCAGCACGCAGCGGCGCACGAGCAAACGGACUCGCGCAAAGGCGACCAAAAGUAUCAAAAAUGAGAGCCGGCGGCUGGAGGAGGACGAAAGCGCACAGCAGAGCCGUUUUACGUUCAAAUCCGAACAAAGCUCGUCCACCGAAAAUCUCUCCGACUGUUCGUAUCGAUCCGGACGACCGAGGCGCAACGCGGCACCGAUGAAUAUGCGAGAGGCGAAUCUCCACACCAAAUUACGGCGCCAGUAG